AUGGGACAGCUAAUCGCCAAGUUGAUGGGUAUCUUCGGGAACCAGGAGCACAAGGUGAUCAUCGUAGGACUGGACAACGCAGGCAAGACCACCAUCCUCUAUCAGUUCCUGAUGAAUGAAGUGGUCCAUACGUCUCCCACCAUCGGUAGCAACGUGGAGGAAAUUGUUCUGCGAAAGACCCACUUCCUCAUGUGGGACAUUGGAGGACAGGAGGCUCUGCGCUCCACCUGGAACACAUAUUACUCUAACACUGAGUUCAUCAUCCUUGUGAUUGACAGCACCGACCGGGAUCGGCUGAUGACCAUGAGGGAGGAGCUGUAUAAGAUGCUGGCUCAUGAGGCUCUGCGAGAUGCCUCGGUUCUGAUCUUUGCCAACAAGCAGGAUGUGAAGGGCUCCAUGACCACCUUGGAGAUCUCCCAAUGCCUCACCCUCAGUGCCAUCAAAGACCACCCGUGGCACAUACAAGGCUGUUGUGCCCUGACUGGGGAAGGGCUACCUGCGGGGCUCCAGUGGAUGCAGUCUCGGACUACUGUCAGCUGA